AUUUUCCUAUUCUUGGCUAUGUCUUGAUUCGAAAAAACGAUCGGUUCAAAUGCACCAAUUUUGGAGCUCAACUAGGAUCAUAGGUGGACACUUCAACCUCCAUCAACGAUCAACUGUUUCAUCCCCACCGACUGAUAUAUAAACACUUCCAUCCCCCCUUCCUCUUCCUUAACCAGAACAUUAAUUUCUCCUAAACAUAAUCAAUGUCGUACUUUCCAAAAGGCCACAGUGCCAACGACGACGACAAUGAUUUCGACGAAUACGAUUCCACCCCAUACGGCGGCGGAUACGAUAUUUGUCUCACCUACGGCCGUCCUCUUCCACCAUCCGCAGCCACAUGCUACCCCAACACCUCUUCCACAACCAACGAUUUCGAUGACAACCGCCGCCAUAACACCUCCUCCUACGGCGGGGCAUCCUCUGCCUACGGCGACGAAGCAUUGGAGAACGAAUACAAGAGCUACAGCCGCCCCAAGCCCCGCCCCAAACCGUCUUACGAUAGUGGGUAUGGUGGACAAACCGAUUCAGCGGCCGGUUAUGGGCGAAAAAACAAUAAUCAGAAUGUGAAUUCGGAAUAUGGGUCAGGAAACAGACGGAAGAAUGAGAAUGAUGGGUCAAAUUAUGGACAAGAUCAGAAUGAGGGUUCGAAUUACGGAAGGAAGAAUGAUAGGUAUGGGAAUUCUGAAUCAUCUGAAUAUGGGUCUAAUGAAUAUGGAACUGGGUCUCGACGUAAGAAUGAGAAUGAGGGUUCGAAUUAUGGGUCUGGGUAUGGAGGAAACAAUGAUGAUAACGAGGGUUCGAAUUAUGGGUCUAGGCAUGGACGAAAGAAUGAGGACGAGGGUGGUUCGAAUUAUGGAUCUAGAUAUGGGCAAAAGAAUGAGGGUUCGAAUUAUGGAAGGAGAAAUGAGACGCACGAAAUGGAUGAGUCGAUAUCUGUGCAUGGGGGGCGUCAGGGCGGCGGCGGCGGCGGCGGCGGUGAUUAUGGAUCUGGGUAUGGGGAGGAGAGGCAGAGAUACAAGCAAUCGGAGAAUGAUGAUGAUGAUCGGAGGACUGGUUAUAGGCGGUCUGAGGAAGAAGAAGAAGGUUCUCGAAGACCUAAUAGGUAUAAUAAAAAUGAUAAUGAAGACGAUGAUGAUGAGAGGAGGAACCAACAUCAGCGUCGCAAUCAACACAUGCAAUCUGAUUACUAA